AUGCAAAACAACAAAUGGGUAAAGGUGGUAGACGGAUAUGGAGAAGAUGGCAAAAUGAUCGUUUCAAUCAAACAAACGUACCAAGAUAUGGAAAGUGGUAUUCUUUCAUACAAAGAAAAACGUAUGGGUCUGGAUGAUGCGGCACGUACAAUUUAUGGCCUAUUAGAUUUGCUUAAUGAAAAGAGAUACACGAUAGAAGUACACAGAACACAAUACUACCUCAAAGUCAACAAAAAUGUAAAAUUGACCUUAGAUAGAACUACAUUUGAAGAUGAUACCUCGUUUGUUGUGUUCUCUCUUACCGGAGACUUUGAUCCAGAACAUAUCAACCAGGCCAACAGCGAUCUCACCAAAAACAUCCAACCCAACCCUUGCAGAAGCAAAAUUAUUGAACUCAUUUCUAAAGUUAGGCCCGAUUUGUACUCACGUUUAGUCAAGGGACAAUAUAUUAAAUCUAUGGAAUAUAAGUCUAUGAGUGUUGCAGAAUUUGAAGCAGGACCAGAGGUGGCAAAAGAGAGACAAAAACAAGCAGAAGAUGAAAGCAAAGAAUGGAAGAAGAAAACAAGAACCUAG